ACCUUUUUUUCAUAAAAAGAAAAUUUUCUUACCUUUUCUAUCACUUUCUUUCCUUUGAUUCCAUUGUUCUUCUGCCUUUUUUUUUUUUUCUCUCUUUUCCAUGCCAUGAUUAUGAUUUCGGUUCCAUAUUUCAAUGUAUGCCAUUUCUGAACUAUAGCAGCUAGAAUCUGAAUUAGGGAAAAAAAGAAAAAGGCACACUUCCUCCAUAAAUAUUUUCCAUUGUUUAAUUCAAGAGUGUUCUUUAAGGUUUGUCUUUUAAUACCCAUACAAAUCUUGCAUUGUAUAUUACAACUAUCUUCUCCCCUGCCUGUUCAGCACUUAUAGUGGUGAAUGACUUUAGCACCCACUUCUUAGAUACUGAACUUUCAGCUAAUCAUGUCAUCAAUUCACCACCAAUAACCUUUUUGGUUCUUGAGUCUGUGUGGUAUUCUUUCAUGAAAGAAGCUCAAAUGAGUAUACCCCACUUGUUCAUUUGCCCAAUUAGUCUAGAUUUGUUCAAAGAUCCAGUGACUCUAUGCACAGGCCAAACCUAUGAUAGAUCAAGCAUAGAAAAAUGGCUUUCUGCAGGUAAUCUCACAUGCCCUGUCACAAUGCAGAAGCUUCAUGAUCUGUCCAUGGUUCCUAAUCACACCCUUCGCCAUUUGAUCGAUGAGUGGCUCCAAAUGGGUCCUCAAUUCGAUCCUGAUUACAAGAAAACUAUUGAUUCUUUAUCUUUGCUUAAAAGCAAUCUUGCAUCUCAUGAGGCUACCUUGGAGAAGAAGUUUCAAGUACUUGAAAGAAUCCAAGCCCUAUCCGAAGAAUCAACUUCUAGGAUUUCGUAUUUGCUGCAGCUAGGUUUCUUGCCUUCGUUGUUGGAACUAGUUUUUGGACGAGAAGAAUACAAACUAUCCCAAGAAAACAUCAAGUUUGCAGAGCAAACACUUUCUUGUGUUUUAAAAUUGGUGUCUAUGGGUAAACGUGAGUCCUUAAACAUGCUAAAAAAGGAGACAAAGUUGGAAUCCUUCAAGGUUUUACUUGAGAAAGGUACUAGCAUCAUCCAGGUGAGUUUGUGUCAUCUUAUAGAAGUAAUAUCAUCAUCUUUGGAGACAAUAGAGCUCUGUGCUAUGCCUGGCAAAAAUCGGCAACUCCUGCAAGGGCUACUUCUUCUGGUUCAACAGAAUUGCGGGACAUCUGAGGCUGGAAUCAAAGCAGUCUACGCAUUGUGCUCCUUAGAAUCAAACAGAGAGAAAUUGGUUCAAGAAGAUGUGAUAAAUAGACUCUUAAUAUACAUUUCAAAUGCAGAAAGACGGCAAAGAAAUUUGGCACCAAAAGCAAUAGAAACAAUUGAGCUUCUUCUAGGACUAGAGAGUGCAAAAGAGGCUGUGAUAAAUAAUCCUAAUGGUGUUAGUGCUCUUGUUAAAAUGGUUUUCAGGGUAUCAGAUCAUGAAGGAAGUGAAAGUGCAGUGAGGUCGCUUGUGUUAAUAUGUAGUGAUUCUUUACAGGCAAGAGAACAAGCAAUCUGUGUAGGAGUUUUGACGCAGUUGCUACUGCUUUUGCAGAGCCAGUGCAGUGGUAGGACCAAAUCAAAGGCCAGAAUGUUGCUUAAGCUACUUAGGUCUAAGCAGAACGAAGAUCCAAAGCAUUUUUAAGUUACUAAAAAUAGAUGUAUGGGAUGUUUGAUGCUUUUUAUGGGGUGUUGUUUUCUGUAUGUGUAUUGGGUUCUCCUAUGACUGUAAAGAAAAACUGUUAAUCUACAACUAAAAAUCAUAUUGAGUCGAGUUAAUUCUCUUUACUUGUGAGUUAGAAUGAAUCAACUCGGACCAUUUUAGCAA